AUGUUUAACUCUCUCUUGCGAUACUUGGAAAAUCAAAAGGUUGUCAAGCUUGAGUACCGUUCACCUUCACUUGACGACGUGAAAAACGUCCAGUUCACCCCAUUUGAGGUCAAGAACGACGAAGAUAUAGCGGACAUGCUUAUAACUGCCCUUUUGAUAAUUUCUAUUGUAUUUUGCAACUCAUGGGUUGGAUUUGGUGAAAAUACCUUUGAUGUACUUAAAUAUGGUGCCAAAGGAGAUGGCACUUCUGAUGAUACAGAUGCCUUUGUGAAAGCAUUUAAAGAUUUAUGUGAAGCAAAAAAAGGAACUCCAACCCUUGAGGUACCAGCUGGACAUACAUUUCUUGUGCAUCAACAUAUUUUCAAAGGUCCUUGCAAUUCUCAAAAUCUUCAUAUUAAGCUUGAUGGAACUAUACUAGCACCUCAUAGAAAUGCAUGGGGAGCAUGCUCAAAAAGAUGGCUUCAGUUUCUUAAUGUGCAUGGGAUUACAUUUGAUGGAUCAGGAGUGAUCGAUGGUAAUGGAGAAGAUUGGUGGAAAGAUUAUAAUUCAACUACACAAUGUAAUGGAUCACCUACGGCUUUAAUAUUUGAUAGGUGUGACGGACUACAAUUAAGUGGGAUCAAUCAUUUAAACGGGCCAGGAUUUCAUUUAAAUAUAGUUCACAGUAAAGAUGUAACAAUCUCGUAUAUUAAUAUAAAUGCGACAGCCAGUAGUCACAAUACUGAUGGAAUUGAUCUCACAAAUGCAAUUCGAGUCAAUAUUCAAGACUCCACAAUACAAGGCGGUGAUGAUUGCAUUGCUAUUAAAGGUGGUUCACAAUUCAUUAAUGUCACUCAUGUUACAUGUGGACCUACUACUCAUGGCAUUAGUGUGGGAAGUCUAGGGGGUGAUGAAUCUGAGGAAUUUGCAGAAAAUAUAAACAUCAAGAAUUGCACUUUCAAUGGAGCUGUUAGUGCAGCAAGAAUCAAGACAUGUCCAGGUGGAAAAGGAUACGUCAAAUAUGUUGUUUUCGAUCACAUCAUAGUCAAUGAAGUAAACAAUCCUAUAUAUCUUGAUCAACAUUACAUGCAAACUCCAGAAAAACCAGACGCACUUAAAGUGAGUAAUAUAACAUUUAGUAAUAUUUCGGGAACAUAUACUGGCGAAGAACCUAUUGUGCUAGAUUGUGCCAAGAUAGGGUGUGACAAUAUUUCCUUGCAGCAUAUUAAGCUUACCGCAGUUGAUCCAACGAAAUCAAGUAAAACAAUAUGCAAUAAUGUUAAUGGAACAACAGAUGAUGAUGUUUCACCUUCUUUAAACUGUGUAAAAACAUAAAGCAGUUUGUGACAAAUUACAUAGAAGUUUAAUUACUUCAUGCAUUAUGAAUAAGACAUUUAGUACAAGGAAGUUAGGUGGAAUUGAACCCAAUGCUAGCAGGGUUUAAAAUUCAAUUCUGAUAAAAAAAAGUAUCAAUAUAAAUUAUUGUAAGUUGUUUUCCUCCAUUAUAGAAGUUGACAAAUGAUUGUGUAAUAGUGCAAGUUUAAUAAUUAUAC